CUGGUUUACUUUGACGAAAUUUGUGGCCUCAUCCGUAGGCUCCAAUGACAAUGUAGCUCAAAUGGGGUGACUCCAAAACGAGUUUGAUCGCAAGCUGUUCAGCUCUCGCCCUCAUCACCCCACAAUAACACAAUAUAAACCCUUUACUACUCUACAUAAAACUUAUGUGACGAUAAAUUUCUUCGUGAAAUACGCUAAUGUCAAAUCCGCCUCCUACGUCAGGCAGACAUGACACUGUUUGGCUCAUCACGCAUUCUCCCUCCGUCAAUGUUUGGGCGGAAUACGUGACGAGUUGAAGGCUAGAAAUCCUUGCGCGAGUCUCUUACCAUGUGAUUAGGCAAGGAGCCCGUGGCCGCCCGGAGAAACGCCAGUUAACAGACCGAGUCGACUCCAGUCCUUAAUUAGUGAGGGUUUUUCAUGGCUUCUGGUUUCGAAGAAGACUUUUUGAACCCCGUUGAUGAAGACUUUCACUGCUUAAUUUGCCAUUUGCCUUUGAGAGAGCCAGUGCAAACGAAAUGCGGCCACAGGUUUUGCAAGUCAUGUCUGGACAAGCACCUGGAAAGGCAGGAGAGACAGACUGGGUCUUGUGCUUGUCCUUUGGACAGAGAGAACCUGGUCCGUAAUGAGGAUAUUUUUCCAGACAAAGCAAUGGAAAGGAAGAUCCUUUCCCUUGCUGUUAAAUGCCCAAGUGAUGGUUGUGAAUGGACUGGUGAACUGAGGUACAAAGAGAGUCACUUGCGCUCUUGUUCUUUCAAACGUGUUUCCUGCGCCUAUGAAAACUGUGAAGCAAUUGUGCCAAGAAAAGAUCUUGAGGAACACAUUACUGCUUUGUGCGAAUGGAGGAUUGUAGAGUGUGGUCACUGUAGUGAGGCACAUCCAAAAUGCCUUGACGAGAAACAUUUGGAAAUAUGUAAAAAGUUACCUGUGGAAUGCCCAGAUGGAUGUGGCUCAAUUGUUGUGAGGGAAAAGGUAGAAGAUGUCAUAAAAAUUGACACAAACUGUCCUCAAAUUUUAACGUCCACAAGGGCAAUCAAGUCACCAAUAUAUGACCAUCGUGAACAGAAACAAAAAUCUCAGAAGACAAUACUUUGGAAAUACUAUUAAAAAUUCUAUUCGGU